CGCCUCUUUCCCAGGAUGUCCCGCGCUGUCGAGAAAAUGGCGGCGGCCACGGUGCGGUUCUGGUGGCUGCUGGCGGCGGCGGCGGCGGCCGGGGCGGGGGCCGGGCCGCGCACCCUGGUGCUGCUGGAGAAUGGCAACCUCCGGGACACGCACUCGCUCUUUUUCCGCAGCCUGGCCGACAGGGGCUUUGAGCUCACCUUUCGGACUGCAGAUGACGCUGGCCUCUCCUUGAUCAAGUACGGGGAGUUCCUUUAUGACAACCUGAUCAUCUUCUCGCCGUCCAUUGAGGAUUUUGGAGGAAACAUCAAUGUGGAGACCAUUACUGCUUUCAUUGAUGGUGGUGGCAGUGUCCUGGUGGCCGCCAGCUCAGACAUUGGUGACCCACUGCGGGAGCUGGGAAGCGAGUGUGGGAUAGAAUUUGAUGAAGAAAGGACAGCUGUCAUUGACCAUCACAAUUAUGAUGUAUCAGACCCAGGCCAGCACACGCUUCUAGUAGCAGAUGCUGAAAAUCUCCUGAAGGCCCCCACCAUUGUGGGGAAAAAGGCACUGAACCCCAUUCUCUUCCGAGGAGUUGGGAUGGUGGCUGAUCCUGACAACCCACUGGUGCUGGAUAUCCUGACUGGCUCUUCUACCUCAUACUCCUUCUUCCCAGAUAAACCCAUAACUCAGUAUCCACAUGCAGUUGGGAAGAAUACCCUUCUGAUUGCUGGACUCCAAGCAAGGAACAAUGCUCGUGUUGUUUUCAGUGGCUCUCUGGAUUUCUUCAGCGAUGCUUUCUUUAAUUCUGCUGUGCAGAAAGCUACUCCUGGCUCCAAACGGUAUUCACAGACUGGUAAUUAUGAGCUGGCUGUUGCUUUGUCCCGAUGGGUGUUCAAGGAAGAAGGCGUGCUGCGUGUUGGGGCUGUGUCUCACCACCGUGUGGGAGAGCUUGCACCUCCUAAUGCCUACACCGUCACUGAUCUGGUGGAAUACAGCAUUGUAAUAGAAAAGCUUUCUGAUGGGAAGUGGAUCCCCUUUGACGGAGAUGACAUCCAGCUAGAGUUUGUCCGCAUCGAUCCAUUUGUGAGAACUUUCUUGAAGAGAAAUGGUGGCAAGUACAGUGUGCAGUUUAAGCUCCCGGAUGUCUACGGAGUGUUCCAGUUUAAGGUGGACUAUAAUCGGCUUGGUUAUACUCACCUCUACUCCUCUACCCAGGUGUCUGUGCGUCCCCUCCAGCACACGCAGUAUGAACGCUUCAUCCCCUCGGCAUAUCCAUACUAUGCCGGGGCCUUCUCCAUGAUGGUGGGCCUCUUCAUGUUCAGCAUCGUCUUCUUGCACAUGAAGGAGAAGGAGAAAUCUGACUGAGCUCCCUAUGGGAGGAAGAGCCUUUUCCCUGGCACCAUGCACAGAUGGGCAGCUCUCAGGGCCCUUGCUGUAACUGAGGACUGGUAGGUGGCAGCCCUGAUUUGGUCUUUUUUUUUUUUUUUUUCUUUUUCUUUUUUUAAACAUGUGGAUUGACUAACAAUAGAGAAGAUGAACCAGAUAAUUGUGGAGAAUCUGUCAGAAUGUUUGAAAAUGUUGAAAUGUGAUGACUCUGGUAUCGUUCCUGGAUUAGCUCACAGUGCUGCUGUUUAUCUUGCCCCUUGGUAGAAAUGAUUUUGGUUUGAGAUUAAUUCCAUUGUUAAAAUAAAGUCUUAAUCUUCUCACUGUGUAUUGAA